UACCAUCUUAAUGAACAUGCCCGUAUGUGUACAUCUUUUCUCGACAUUCGACCUUACAACAGCAUGGCUUACAAUAGUGUGGAUAUUUCAAGCUUUCCAUACAGAUGUAGGCGACGGUAGUGAUCAAUAUAAGUUUAAUUCCACAGCAUAUCCGUUUAUCGUCACGCUGAAAUUAGGAGAGUACUCGAUAGCAUUUAAGAAUAAUCUAUUUACGUACUUCUAUAGCUAAGGUUCAAUCUUGCCUAUAUUUGGAACUCAUGAACACAAUAGCAAGGCAAACGAAAGAAAGGCAGG